GUUAAUGUAGUAUUGUCAAUACAUCAAUAAAGAUGUCUUCAGAUGGAUCGGACAUCGAAAUGCAAUCGGCGUUAUCGAAAAAAACAUUUAAAAAAGCGCCGAAAAGUCCAACAGCAGAUCUUUUAAAGAAACAAGAAAUAAAAAAGAUAAGUACGAAAGAAAUGAUUAAUCAAGCCUUGGUCGAUCUGAAGAGCCGCAAAGGAACAUCUUUGUACGCCAUUAAGAAAUAUCUCGAAGAGAAAUAUAAUUUUGAUGUGGAGAAAAAUAAUUAUUUAAUCAAGAAAUAUUUGAAAACGAGCGUCGAAAUCGGAACUAUAGUUCAAACUAAAGGGGUAGGUGCCACUGGAUCGUUCAAACUAGCAGCGGGUAAAGAUAAAUUAGAGAAAACAAAGAAAAAGAAAGAGAAAAAAUCUGAAAAAAAAGAAAAAUCAAAAAAAUCAACACCAGAAAAAUCUAAAAAUACAAAAAAAGUCGAAUCGAAAGAUAAAAAAAUAGCAAAGAAAAUGCCUAAAAAGGUUGAGAUUAAUAAAAAGAACAACAAAACGGAUAAAAAAGAAAAAGAUGUUACGAAGAAAUCUAAAAUUAAAAAAGAGAAAGUUGUCAAGUUGAAAGCAAACAAAAUGGCGAAAGGUAUGCAAACACCCGCCAAAAAACGGGCUGCCAUGAUGAAGAGAAAAAGCAUCGGUUCGAUUAUAAAACCGCCGAAAAUGAAGCCGAAGGCCGCAGCCUAACAUACCGCAGCGUGUUUAUUGCCUAUUGUGAAAUAAUUAUUUUUGUUUUAAUGUUUCAAAAUAUUAUAUUGUGACUAAUCACAUAUUCAAAAGGAUAUUAUUUUAAGUGUUUAAUUGUCUUUUA